AUGAUUCAACCGGACUUCUCGUCAGCUAUUAGUUUCCUUGAUCAUUUAAAUUCUGAUGAACUCAAAGAAAUACUCAAUGACGACACAAAAUUUGAUGCAGUUCUCAAAGACGUUAAACAGGUAAAAGACUGGGAGACAGAAAAAGAAAUGAUGAUUGCCAGUAACCGAUCACUAGCAGAAUUUAAUCUCGCCCGAGAACCUGAAUUAGAAGAACUAAAGUCUGAAGUACAGCAAAAGUCUGAAGCUGGAGAACAGCUUUGUAAUCAUAUUCAGGAACUUCUAGAUGAAUAUAAAACAAAAUCUGCAGGAAUCUCUCCUGACACCACUUUAGCGUUAUUACAAACAGCUGCAGCUGAGUCAGAGGAACAAUCAGAAAACAUAUCACAUGACUUCCUUUCAGGGAAAAUAGAUGUUGAUAAGUUUCUUGAGGACUUUGAACCUAUCCGCAAAAAAAUGCACCUACAAAAGUUUAAAGCAGACAAAAUGAGUGAACUGCUGAGGACUGGCAGCCAAGGUUCCUAUGGUAAUGGUCUUGCAAAGCCAUAUUUACCAUAUCCAAGUUACCCACAAAAUGUGCCAAGUGUACCAUAUCCAGUAGGUCCAUUAAAUAUGCCAAUGCCUGGAAUGUACGGUAACCACUUUUAA